UCUUCGGCUUCAAUCUUCAUCAUCUGAAUUUUCUCUCUAUUACUCUCCAUCCAUUUUUUUUUUAAAUUCAAUCUCCCUCUCUUCUUUGCUUUUUACUCUUUGUAAAUUUUUGCAGAGUUCAGCUGUUAAUGAUUAUGCCCUUGUGUUCUGUUCUCUUCUUUCUUUAAUUUUCCCAGAGACGAAAGGAGAAAAAAAAUCCUAAAAUCUCAAAGGGGGGCAGCAGCACUAACUCGAAGGCAUACCCUCUCUGCCUUUCAAUCUUUCCAGUUGUCUUCUCUUUCUCCUCCCUUUAAUAUUAAAAACAAAUUAUUGAUUCGUAUUUAACAUCAACCCAUACUUACUGUUUUGUUUAAUUUCUCUUUAUCCUUUUCAAUUAUUAGUCCCCCCAUUUUGUUAGGUUUAAAGCAUCAAAACUGGGGGGGGGGAGCAGAUUGGGGUAAUACAAUUCAACUUACUUCUAUACAAUACCAUUGAUGAGGACAUGAAGAAGAAGAUCUUGAUGCAUCAUUGAUAACACACAAUAAAGAGGAAGAUUAUUGUUCUUAAUUUUGCCAACCUGCUUCAUAGACGACAGAAUUAAAUUAAAAGGGAGAUGCAGCAAGAAGGUGGUGGAGCGCAGCCAUCUCAAUACGGGAAGAUCAGUGGUCCUCCUCCACCGACUGGUCCAGUAAGCGAGGCGUCGGAGCAGUUAGUGGAAGCGGCAUCGCCUAUAAGCAGUAGACCGCCAGCUGGUGCUGCCAGUGGGAAUUUAGAUCAGUUCAUGAGGCUAGCAAGUUUUGGCGGUGGAGAUGAGUUAGGAAUAGGGGAUCGUGGCGGCGGCGGAGGUGGUGGUGCAAGUGGGAAUCGGUGGCCACGUCAAGAGACUCUCGCUCUUCUUAAGAUUAGAUCAGAUAUGGACGCUACUUUCCGUGAUGCCACCGUCAAGGGCCCUCUUUGGGAAGAUGUUUCCAGGAAGCUGGCGGAGCUGGGUUACAAUAGGAGUGCCAAAAAGUGUAGGGAAAAAUUCGAGAAUGUACACAAGUACUACAAGCGAACAAAGGAAACUAGAGCUGGACGUCAAGAUGGAAAGAGUUAUAAGUUUUUCAGCCAGCUAGAGGCUCUUCAAACAACUUCCGCCACCGCUCCUCCCAACGUCACACCUGCCACCGCCGCUACUUCUUCCAGCUUGGACGUCGCUCCCUUUUCAGUUGGGUUCCCUAUACCAAUUUCUUCCACUAUAAUUCAACAUACAAAGGCUGUACCAAUGUCUUCUUCUUUGUUAGCCAUUCCUGGAUCUGCUCCUUCUCCAGUUCCAAUGCAAGUACCGGCGGCAGUACCUCCUGUUGCCACCGCCGCCGCCACCACAGCUGCUCCAUUUGGAAUUAGCUUCUCUUCCAACAGCUCUACUUUUUCUCGAGGUUUUGAUGGCGAUGACGACGAAGAAGAUGAAGUUGGAGGAGAACCGUCGAGCAUGGCUGGCACUAGCCGUAAACGCAAAAGGUCGUCUUCACGAGGGGAAGGGAGUACUACGAGGAGGAUGAUGGAGUUCUUCGAGGGUCUAAUGAAACAGGUCAUGCAGAAACAAGAAGCCAUGCAGCAGAGGUUUUUGGAGGCCGUAGAGAAGAGAGAGCAAGAUAGGACGACAAGAGAAGAAGCUUGGAAAAGACAAGAGAUGGCAAGGUUAUCUCGCGAACAUGAACUCAUGGCUCAAGAACGUGCCAUUGCUGCUUCAAGGGAUGCUGCCAUUAUUUCCCUUUUGCAGAAGAUUACUGGUCAGACCAUACAGUUACCUACAACUGUUACUAUCCCCGCUGCUCCACCCCCGCCUCCCACCGUUUCCGUAAUUCGACCAGAGGCCCCUAUUCCUAAAUCAGCUCCACCGUCGCGUCAGCCAUCGUCAUUACCGCAGCAACAACAACCACCUUCAUAUACAUUGCACAAUCAACUACACCAGCAGCAGCUACAACUUGUUCAACAGCAGCCCCAUCAACUUGGAAAUAUUGAAGUUGCGAGCCAUCAACAACAGCCAAUUUCUUCUGAAGUAGUAAUGGCGAUCCCAGAACAGCAGGUUCCACCACAGGAGAUCGGUGGGAGCGGGAGAAUGGAGCCUGCCUCGUCUAGAUGGCCUAAAGCUGAAGUUCUUGAACUUAUAAACCUGAGGAGUGGGCUUGAAGCCAGGUACCAGGAGGUUGGGCCAAAAGGCCCCCUUUGGGAAGAAAUCUCCACUGGUAUGUCCAGGAUGGGGUACAGGAGAAGCGCCAAAAGAUGCAAGGAAAAAUGGGAGAACAUCAACAAGUACUUCAAAAAGGUCAAAGAAAGUAGCAAAAAACGUCCCGACGAUGCCAAAACCUGUCCCUAUUUUCACCAGCUCGAUACCCUUGACCGUAAGAAAAUACUUGGAGGUGGGACUAGCAGUGGUAGCUUUAGUGACCACAACAGAGCUGAAGAAGAAACGUCAGGGCAGCAUCAGGACCUCCCACCAAGCACGGCAGCCCUGCCACAAGCUGAAAACGAAACCGGACCUACUGCUGAUGUGGUGACAAGCAAAGAUGGUUUACCUGGUGGAGAUGCAAAGAAGCCAGAAGACAUUGUGAAGGAGCUGAUGGAGGAGCCAGGGCACCAUCAGGGACAAUCCUUGUUGGUGGAUGGGUAUGACAAGAUUGAAGAAGCUGAUAGCGAUAAUAUGGAUGAUGAGGUAGAUGAAGAUGAAGAAAUGGAAGAAGAGCAAAAGAUGGGUUAUAAGAUAGAAUUUCAGAGACAGAAUUCAAGUGCUGCCAAUGGAGGAGGGAACGGAGCAGGGGCACCCUCCUUUUUUACCAUGGUUCAAUAACACCUCGCAAGAGAAAAUGUUCCAUAUGUACCCAUGUGUGCAUAAAAGAAACACCUUCUACUUGUAUCUUCAACAGCUAGCUUCCAGUUAUUCCCCCCCCCCCCACUUCUCUCAGUCCUUAAACUUCCUUUCAAAUACAAACCUUGAAUAAAUCUGUAUCACCUUCUUCAUAAUCCUCAUUGUUUUCUUCAAAGUAGCAGAUAUUGGCAGGCGCAAUUGCAGUUGGAUUAUGGUCCAAUUUAUUGAUUUGUUGGUGAAUAAGGAAUUCCGUUUCGAAGGAAUGCGGGAUGAAUGAUUGUAUUGAGACAGAAGAAAUAAGCCUUGGGUGGAUACCAGCAGCAGCCCCCCAAAACAAACAAAGCAAAAGCAUAGAGAGAUUGAAAAAGAGUGGGAGAUUAGGCUAAAGCAUGCAGUGCAGAGUUUGACAGACCUCUCCUAGUUGUUUUGUUUGAGUUAAGAAAUUAAUGUAAGAAUCAUAUCAAUUGUUUAUUGCAGAGUUUUAUUCUUAG